UCCAGUGACGACUUCAUCCUGCAAUCCGACUGUAACCUGUUUGUUUCACUCUGAACGGCACAAUAACACUCACACUUCCACUUUUUAUUAAGGAAAAUAAGAAAUGUUUAUUUUAGUAAGUUACACAGUAGCCUGUGAGAGGAGUGAAAGACAGAAAAUACCAGGGGAGGUGUCAUGUCUCCACAUCACAAACAUCUCCUCUCUGUCCUGCAGCCACUUGGUGCCAUGUGACAUUAAAAUAAAUAACUGUAUAUAUAAAGAAUGGCUGAAACCGCAGGCAUACACUCCGACCAGUCCAGUGGAUCUGAAGGUUCAUGAAGACGUCACAACGGAUGAGAACGGAGACUUGGUGCCUGUAAUUGUGGCAGAAUGGAAAGCAAGGGAUGAUGGGAGCAUUACUCAUCUGAUUGGAACUGAGUUUCAAGUGACAAAGCAGGGCAGCGGUGAACACUUCUGUGUCCAUUACCUGUUUCUCAAGAAGAUUACUACAAUGAGAAAUCCAUUUGGUGAACAGUGGUCUUUUUCUCUGGACAAAGUGGUUGUUGAACCAGGUGAGACAUAUUUGGUGUCAGUCUCCAACCUCCCCAAGCCGAACAUUGCCUACACCAGUUACAACAUCAACAAAACUAUCGAAGUCUCCGGUUGUAAAAGUCCUGCUAUGCAGUCGACUCGAAUCUGUAUUGAAAGAGGAGAAAACUGGAAUCCCAACAUUUCCAUGGUGAGGUCAGGGCCUCAGGACAGGACAGUUUUUGUUACCUUUGACACUGAUGAGCAUUCGGAAAUUUAUAAAGUCCAUGUGAAGUGCAAACAACACAAAGAAACCCAAAAUCUCAGUAAGGAAAACAGGUCAUCCCUAAAUGUCACGUUUGACCUUGAAGCUUGGCCACACACAUGCUGCAGUUUCACUGUGGAGAUCCAGCCCUUCUUUAAGUGUGGAAAUGACUGCUUGCGGAAGAAAAAGAGUUUUAAUAUAUGUCCAGAGCCACCUAAACCACCCAAAGUUGCAGAUGAUUUGUGGAAGGUUUUUACUGGUUUGUUUGUCCUGCUCUGUGGUCUUUGUGCCAUAUGUGCCAUUUGUUUGCACUACAGGAAGCAGCGGAAGGGUCCAGGACCAAGCCUGUCUGGGCACCCCACUGCAGAUGAUCUUCCAGAUACUAAGCAUUCCGUGCUGAUCAUCUACUCAAGAGACCACCCAAAAUACACUGAUAUAGUGCUGAAGCUCUGUGCCUUCUUGAGGGCCAAAUGCGGUACAGAGGUUUACUUGGACCUCCUGGACACGGCCUCUGUUGGAGCCAUGGGCCGCUUGCAAUGGACGGAAUUGCAGAAGCGUUGUAUAGAGCAAUCCUCUGACAAAGUGCUGGUCCUCUGCUCACGAGGAGUGCAGGCCAAGUGGGGAGCCAUGUGUGGCAGACCUCGAGUCCUCUUACGUGAGGAUGUUCGCUCACCAAUGGGGGACAUGCUGACACUCGCCCUGCAGCUCAUCACACCUGACAUGCAGCGGCCCGCCUCUUAUGGCAAGUACUUGGUAGCAUAUUUUGAGGAUAUAAGUGAUGAAUAUGACGUGCCCUCCAUGUUUGACGUUGCGGUCAAAUACAAGCUAAUGAAGCACUUUGAAGAGCUCUUCUUUCGGAUCCUGGAUCUGGAGAAAUAUCAGAAGGGGAAGGUGCACACAAUUAAGGGCAUUGGCAUCGACGACUAUAUCAACUGCCCAUCAGGCAAAGCUUUGAGGGACGCCAUUGAAACCUUCAAGGCUUACCAGUUAGAGAAUCCAGACUGGUUUGAGAAGGAGUGCUUAGACAGUGAAGAUGAGGUUCCAGUAGCCGAGAGCAGCCCUUUUCUUAACGAGUGUCCCAGACCGGUUUUUAAGUGUGAGCCUGUGCUCAACAUCGGACCCUCCGUAUGCGAGUGUGAGGUGGAGAUACAUCAUGUGGACCAGACCCAUAGUGUAUGGUCCACUGAAAUACCACAUCUUAACCUGGAAUUUGAGGAGCCUUCUGUUCUAGAGAUCCAACCAGCACACCAGGUGUAUUCCCUCCAUCCAGCUGUGGAAGCCCCACUUGGUAUCCACACAGCUGGGGUGUGCCAUGCAGAUUCAGAGAACCAUCCCUGCCUUUUAGUUGAACCUGCACUACGGGAACCUUUACCAUCUAGCAGGAAUGAGAUAUUUGUGAACAGAGGGCCACCGCCAGAGGACUCCCCUGCCAUUGAUAAAGAGGAGGCUCUAAAGAAACUAUUGAACCUCCAGGUCUCCCUGGUAUCUGUUGAUAUUACAGCUCCUCCACCCUCAGUGGAUGAUCAGUUCCAGACAUCUUGGGAUAUGCACUCAUCUCAGCCAGUGGAGAUGGAUGAGAGUCAGGUGGAAGAGGCCUCAGGAAAGAGACAGUCUAGAUGGUCAGAUCAAGGAUAUAGUUCAAGAGACUCAAUGGUAAGGGAGGAACCUCCUCCAUCCUCUCUUGCUGCACUGGCUAAAUUGCAGGAAGCCCUAUAUCUAAACAGUCCCAUUUCGUCUGGUUUCUGCACAGAGACCAUGGAGAGUUGAUAUUAAUAUGAUAGUAUGCUAGUGCAAAGAGACAUUUUACAAGCCAUGUAAAAUGGCUACAUACACGUCAUAAAUCGCAUUUGUCCUAGUCAGGGUGGAGGUGCAUCUCUAGCCUUUCCAAAGAACACUGGGCGUGGAGCAGGAAUGCACCCUAAUGGGAUGCCAGUCCAUCACAGAACGCCAUGUAUACACACAUUCACAGCUACAGGGCAAUUUAGCAUAGCCAAUCCACCUACUAGGUUUCACUUUUUAAUUUUUUUUUGGAAAAAAAACAUUAUGUCCUCAGGUUGUCAACAGGAAAUCAAUGAAAAUCCACAUAUUCUGUAGGAGAUGUGUUUUAUUGUUUUCUUAUGUACAACAAGUGACAAUUAUCUGAAACCUGUGAGCUUGAUAAUGCAAAAAAAAAUCUUGUAACAUUUUUAAUGACACAUUUUAACAGACAAAUGGAUAUCUGUCCACUGAUUUCCAUUUAAAUAGGGUUUACAUUUAAUAUUGCACAUAACCUUUUUGGUUAAAAUGGGUUUUCAUCACAGGGAAUCUACAAGCUGUAAUUUACAAUAUACUGAUUUCUUUACUACUGCAUGCAUUGCACUAUAAACAUCUUUUCAUGUAUUUCAUGUAAAAACAAACUUGUGUAUGAAGAUGAUUUGUUUCUCAGUCUUCUCGCAGGUAGAUUUGUAUAAUCAGAUUAAUGGAUCUCCAUCAGAUGGGGCUUUAAAUGUAAUACUAUAAUAGUACUUUAGUAAUAACUGCAAAUGAAAAACUGCAUUCUUUGGUUGUCUUUGUUGU